AUGAAUUGUGUGCAGAUCGAGGAGAGCAAUGAGGUGCUCCCGGCUGUUGAGAACAGGGGCAAGCAGCCCCUUCACCCAAUGCCCGACGAGGUUGUGCUGCCGCCCACUGCCGAGGAAGACCCGAAGACGCUUGAGGGUGGCGACGACGAGGGCAUGGAGGUGCCCCCCAGCAACAAGCGCCGCAACUACGACCACUACCAUCAGGAGGAUGGCCCGACUCACUUCUGCAACGUCAUCCUUGCACCGAAGCUUGAGUGCAUCCCCAUGCCCCUGGACUUCACCAUGCACUUCGUUGCGGUGCCGACAGAGUUUAAGCUCAGGAAAAACACCGGCUGGUCCUUGAAGGUGACGGUGAAGCAGGUGAACGACAGGGUGACCCUGGAUCAGGGUUGGGACACCCACGCAGCCGUUCAUCAGAUCAAGAUCGACUACAUGGUGACGUUCAAGCUCCUCACUCCCUACACCCUCAAGGUCACCAUCUUCAACGAGGAUCGCAUUGUGGUCGUCAGCAAUUGCGGGAAGCACGAUGAAGCCUUCGCCGCCAAGGAGUCUGCUUUGAACUGUUUAGGGUUUAGGCGUUGA